CUACAUGUGAACUUGAGCAGGGUCAUCCGUUCUUAACACCAGAAACUCGAAUUCCGCGGAAAUUAUACAAAAUGGUUCUCCAGGUACCACUUAUUCGGCUCCAAUGCGGUGUAAACAGCUACGACUGGGGAAAGAUUGGGAAGACGUCAGCUGCGGCGAAAUUUGCUGCUGCUACCGCAAGUGACUUUUCCAUUGCGGAGGAGAAGCCAUAUGCCGAGUUGUGGAUGGGAACGCACCCCUCGCUUCCCUCCAAGGAUCUCGAAACCCAGCGCACACUUCUAGAACUCGUCAAAGACAACCAGGCCCUGCUGUCCCAGGGCAUUGCUAAACGCUAUGAGAACAAAUUACCCUUCUUGUUCAAGGUUCUGUCCAUCAACAAAGCUUUGAGCAUCCAAGCGCACCCCAACAAGCAACUCGCCGAGCAGCUACAUGCUAAAGAUUCGAAAAACUACCCCGACGAUAACCACAAGCCUGAGAUGACUAUUGCAGUCACUCCUUUUGAUGGUCUUUGCGGUUUCCGACCGCUCGCCGAAAUAUCUCAUUUCCUUCAGAAUGUCUCAGCUUUCCGCAAGUUGGUUGGCGAGGACGAGGCCAAAAACUUCGAGACCACAGUGAAAGAUAAGGAGACCUCCGAAAAAGAAGAGGAAAAGCAGGCGAACAAAAAAGCUCUGCAGUCUGCCUUUACCAAGCUGAUGAACGCGGAUAAGAGCGCCCUCGAGUCUGCUUCGAAAGAGCUUCUCGAAGCGGCAAAGUCUGAAGGAGCAAGCUUUGCUGGCAGUGGCGGGCCUUCUAACGACGGCCAGGAGCUCGCAGACCUAGUUGUGCGGCUCGAUAGCCAAUUUCCUGGUGACAUUGGGCUUUUUGUCCAGUUCUUCCUCAAUUACGUCAAACUGGAGGUUGGUGAGGCCAUGUUUCUCAAGGCAGACGAUAUCCACGCAUAUCUUUCCGGCGACAUAAUCGAAUGCAUGGCAUCAUCAGACAAUGUUGUCCGUGCGGGUUUCACUCCCAAAUUCAAAGACGUGGACACAUUGACGACAAUGUUGACAUACUCGUAUGCUCCCAUUAGCGAGCAGAAGAUGUCACCAACCGAUUACCCCUACGUCACUCUGAACGCCGAUGCCUACAAGUCCAACUCAUCUGUUCUUCUGUAUGAUCCACCGAUUCCCGAGUUUGCUGUCGUGCGUGCGGCUUUGAACAUGCUGAACGCAAAAGCCACUUUCGAUCCCAUCGAAGGCCCUAGCAUCAUCCUCUGCACCAAGGGCAAGGGUACCAUAAGUGUAGGUCCCAAGACGGAGAAGAUCGAGGAGGGCUACGUCUUUUUCGUUGGGGCAACGGCAGAGGUGAUCAUCGAGAGCGAAACAGAGGAGACAGAUGGAGAAGGUCUAGUGCUGUUCAAGGCCUUCUGCGAAAUCAGUGAUGAGUAAGAUGAGCAAAGCCUAUAGAAACCGAAUGCGGCGUUACAUAACAACAC